AUGAGAAUAACAAAUAUAUUACCAAAAAUUAUAUCAUCAAAACUUUUAGGUAAUGGAUCAUAUUCAAAUUCACCAACGCAAUGUUUACAAAGGGUUUAUGAACUUGUUGAAAAAAAUGGUUACAGUAUUGUGGCAACACAAGAUUAUUCAAUUGUUACAGAAAAUUCAACACAUUCCCUUUUACUAGCCUCAUAUUUUUCAAAUGUUGAUACUACUGGUGUUUACUGUGAUUUAGUUUUAAAUAGAAAUAAUGUAGAUCAAAUAACCUUAAAGAGUUUAUUUCCAAUUGACUGUUCAGGACCACCACAUCCAUUACAAUUUAAUAUUAAUGGUACAAAAUUUAUUAUUUCAUUUAGUGGUGGUAUUGGAAGUAGUUCAUUAAGUUUUAAAAUUUUUGGGUUAAAAAAAGAUUUACUAUCAAUUUCAUGUAGAGUCUUAGAAGGACCAUUUAUGUGUGAUUUUUCAGUUGAUGAUUUAAGAAAUGCUAUAUUUAAAGUAGUGAUUUAUCAUGAUGUUAAUUCAAGAUCAAAAUCAACGAUAACUAAAUUUGCAUUAGUGGAUUCUUUAUCAAGAUCAUCAGAGUUUAGUUUGGACAUUUUAAGUGAUUAUCAUUAUGUUACCGAUUCUAAUGAUAUUUUAAACUACCAAGUAUAUCCAUUACCACCAACUGGUUCAGAGUAUUUAUCAAUUCCAACAAAUAUUAUAAAAACUGUUGGAUCAUUUUCAUCAAAGAGACCAAAUAUAAUGUCAUCGAUUGGUUCUGUAGUAUUUUUCGUAUACAAUUUCGAUGGUAAUUUAUAUAAUUAUAUAUCAAAGUUUCCGUCUCUUAAUUAUGGUCUUACAGGAACCUAUGAAUUUGGUGUAUAUGGUAGUUUGGAAAAAAAUGUGAUCACACGAAAAAGAUUACCAAACUCUUUACCAACUUGUAUUGGGGAAACCAUUGAAUUCCUUAUCAUUGAUAGCGCCACUAAUUCAUCUAUGAUUGAAUUCCAAUGUCAAUCCAAUCAAGCAUCACCACCAAAUUUUGUAGAUACAAUUUCCAUUUAUCCAAAUCUAGUUUACUUUUCUUCACCUUAUGGAAUGGGUGAGGGAAAUGAAAAAGAUUAUAAAUUUAAGUUAUCAACAUUGGUACCAAAAUAUUCAACACGUAUCAGUGGAGCUUUUUUACUUUCAAGCAAAACAUUUUUUCCAAUGGGUAUACCACCAAGAGAUAAUACAUUACCAAUUGAUACAAAACCACCAUCAAUAGAGUCUGUAGAAUAUAUUCGACUACCAAAUUCAGUAAUUAUUAUUAGAGUUCAUAUUAAAGAUGAUAUAUCAGGUUUUAAGAAAAUGUUACUUGGUAAUUCAUUGAUUGGAGUAUCGGAUUUAGUAUCGGGUGAUUUAAAUGAUGGUUAUUAUGAAGCUCAAUUAACAAUUCGUACAUAUCCUCAAGUUUCAGUACAAUUAUUCGAUAGGGUUGGUAAUGAAUUUAAUCCAAAUUCAGAUUUUGCAAAUCCUUUCAUUGGUAUGGAUUAUCAAUUCCCAAGUGAGCCAUCAUUAAUUUCGACUUUUCUCGAUAUUAAUACAUUUUAUUUCGAUAAGAAUGAUAUUGAUCUUAGUAAUUUUGGUUCAGUUGUAACGGUUUAUAUAAAUUAUGAAAAUUCAUCACCAGAACAAGUGCCAUUCUUUGUAGUAUUAUUAACAGGUGAAUGGUUAAUAAAUAAAGACAUAACGCAAUAUCCAAUGUCAUGGGAUUCAAAUUUAAAAACUUUUAAAAAAAAGUUUUAUUUACCACCAAGAUUAAAUACUGGCAAUAUUGAAUAUCAAUUAUUUGUUUCACCAUUAAAUAUUGGUAGGGAAACACUUUAUUCUAAAUUUGGUAAAGCUGCUUUGCUUAGAGUAAAAUCAACUCUAUCAGAUGAAAUGCCACCAAUUGUAAGUAAAGCUUAUUUCAAUGUUAACUCUCUAACAUUGAAUAAAGGUGAUAGUGUUUUGGUUUCAUUAUUCUUAGAAAUCGAUGAUCCAAUCAAUGGUUUAAAGAAUGGUUCAUUAUCAAUCUCUUCAGAUUUCGAUUCAAUCAAUGGUUAUCAUUUUCAAUUUGAUCCAACAAGUUCAAUCAAUAGAAGUCCAUACUAUGGUAUCUAUCAAUUUUCAUUCAAAUUAACUGGUAAUUGUAGAAGUCAAAUCUUUUCAAUUCAAUCAUUAGAGUUAAUAGAUAGAUCCGAUCAUUUCUCUACAACGAUCAAUGCUUAUUCGUUGAGUCCAUUAUUUAAAAUUAAUGAUUUACCAACUUUAAAUGUAACUUGUAAUAAUCCAUUAGAUAGUGUACCACCAUUCAUUCAUUCAUUAACUCUCUCAAGAUCAUCAAUUGGUACCAAUAGUACUAAUAGAGGUAUUGUUAUUGAUUUAGUUAUAAAUGAUACAGACUCUGGUGUUUCUCAAAAACAUAUACCAUUUAUUUAUUUCGAUGAUUCUGAAAGUAAUCAAUUCAUUGCUAGACCAAUUAUAAUCCCAGAGAAAUCCACAUCAAAUUCAGUUCAUUUUAGAUUAGAAACAACUUUACCCUUUAAAAUGGGUGCUGAUACUGGUACUUUUAUUUCAGUUUAUGGUAUCUAUGAUAAUCAUUUAAAUAUUAAUGGUUACUCAAGUUCAGAUUUAUUAAAUAUUAGUAUUCAAUCAAUUAUUGAAACUCAAUUACCAGAAACACCAAUUUUAGAAUCUUACUCAAGUGUUUUAAUGUCUGGUUCAAGUUUUUUCGUUUAUGGUAAUAGAUUAGGUACAGAUUCUUCAAUUGUAAUUGUAAUGAUUGAUUUCUUGGAUGGAAAUGGUUAUAAAGUUGUAAAUUAUGAAUCUAGACUUGGUUCAGCUAUUAAAGUUGGUUUUGUAACACCAUAUUUAAAUGAGAAAUCAUUUUUCAUUAAAGUUAUCGUUGAUUCAAAUCAGUCCAAUGAAUUAUUAGUUAUACCAAUUCCAUUUUUAGAAUCACCAAAUUCUGAAGAAACUUUAAAAAACUAUUGUGAAGGUACUUGUGGUUAUCCUGAAAGAGGUUAUUGUCCAACCGAUUUAAGUGGUUGUGUUUGUAAUUCACCAUUUAGUGGUAAAAGUUGUUCAGAAGUUUCAAGUGGUACAGAAAUUAAACCAGGUGAAAAACCUGACAUUAUUUCAAAUCAUACAGAUGGUGGUGGUGAAACUUUUUCUUAUUCAAUUGAAAUUUUAGAAUUAAUAGAAUAUGGUUUGAUUGGUAAUGUUGUAAAUAGAAUUAAAUUUGAUAAAUGGACAUUUAAUAAUUUAUCAACAAGUGAUUUACCACAAUAUGUUUAUUCAACAAAUUUCAUUUAUAAUUCAGUUUCAACCAAUAUAAAUGUUUUUAUUAAAUAUUUUAAAAAAAGAGAUCAAGUUUAUUUUGCAAAUCGUUUAUUGGAUAUGGCAGAAGGAACAAUUAAAUAUCAAGUUGAAAUGAGUAAUUAUCAAUUUGCAUCACGUAUAAAUUCAUUAUCAUUAGUAAUGAGAACAACAAUUAAUUCUAAUCAAGAGAAUAGAUGUGUUGUUAAAGCUCAAGGUAAUUCAUCAAUUUCAUCUGAUUUUGUUCAAAUUCAAGUUAAUGGUAUUUCAAUUUUUGGAAAAUUAAUUAAAUUGGCAAUUAUUGAUCAAAAAAUUCAACAAGUAUCAAAUACAAUAUCACAAACUUUAGAUGGUUAUAGUGAAUUAAAAACUGGUUCAUAUAUUCAAAUUAAUUUACCAUAUUAUUCAAAAUCAGUUUCAUUAGAUCCUGAUUUUUCUGUUUUAUUAAACCCUGAUGCAAGAGAUAAAUGUAUUGAAGGUUCAAAUGAUGAUUCUGGUUUAACACAAUCUCAAUUAGCUGGUAUUAUAGUUUCAUGUGUAUUUGCUGGUUGCGUUUUAAUUUUUGUCAUUUCAUUAACACUUUAUAAGAAAUUCAAAUAUUCAACAAUUAUUAUGAAUAUUAAAGAAUUUAAAAGAGUAAAAUUAAUGAAAAAACAAAAUGAAGUUUCAAUGUCAUAA